GGUCCUGACUCCUGUCCGAAAAACACCGACCAGAAAAGCACUGACGGGGGCAACUUUACAUGUUUAUGUCGCUUGAUAUCAUUUACAUUACCUUGAGCUAAUCGGAAAUCCUUAAACUAGCGAAAGACGCGUUAUAUAAAGACAUCUCUGAUCUGGAAGUAGUUUUUGUAGUAAAAAGUUGUGCAAGUCCGAGAUGAAAAUGGAGAGCCCAGCUGAGUGAGAGUGGGGUGAGGAGGCUGGGUUUGGCACAGUUUGGGAGUCCUGCCCUGCUGCUAACAGGCUAGUUAGCACACACAAACAAACUUCUUUCUCAUGGAUGAGUAAAAAGAAAUGAGAUUAUGGAAGUGAUAUCUAUACUCAAAGCUGUCCAAUAUGGCCUCAGCAUGUUCCCUCAGAGUAACUUCACAUUCUCCUCCAUUAUCAAGCUGCUCUCCGCCUCUCUCCAGACUGGUGUUCUCCAGAGGCCUCUUUCAUCUGCGACUGCUGACUCUGCACCAUUUCCCUGUGGAUGGAGCUUUGUUGAUCUGAUAUUUUUGGGAAGUCAUAAAACUCAAGGAUAAUUUUGAAUUUUAAAGGCAUCCUGACUCACGCAUAUUUCAAAUGUGUUGGAUGCCUCGGGCACUCUGCCUGGUGUCUAACACCAAUCAAUGUCUUUUUGUGCAUGUCUAUGGACCUCCUAGUUCUAAUAUUUGCAAGCUGUCCUAAGUCACAACUAUAUAGUCACUUCUCUCAGUGCAACAAAUGAUACAUUACUGUAUGCUUACAUAAAGUGUAACUGAUGAGUUUAUAACAUUUCAGAGCUCAUUUGUGACAGAUGAUUAUCUCUAUGUAACAUAUAUGGACUGUCAGGACAGCUUUGGUGGUGCAUGACUGUGUAGGAUCAGCAAUUGAGGUGAUGAGGCAGGACUCCUGGAGCCCAGUGUGGCUGCACCGGCCGCGGUCCAACAUCAUGUGAGGUGAUGGGGUGCAGGAACAGUAAGGUCCUCCCUGAGCCUCCAGGGGAUGUUCAGUUGGACCUGGUCAAAAAGGUUGACCCUCUACAGCCCCCACAGACGGAUAUCUAUCAGCACUUUAUACGAGGAGAUGAGAAGACUGGAGGUACCGGUGGAGGGGAUAAGAUGGGGGCAGCCUCACCGCUCCAAGCCCAGGCUGCUAUUCCCAUGGCCUCAGCUCAGGCCCCUAAAGAGCCCACCGAACUGUCGGACCCCCAGCGCAAGAAGGUCGCCAAGUAUCGAGCCAAGUUUGACCCGCGGGUCACGGCCAAGUAUGACAUCAAGGCUUUGAUAGGACGAGGGAGUUUCAGCCGUGUUGUCCGAGUAGAACAUAAAAGUACACGGCAGCCUUAUGCCAUAAAGAUUAUAGAGACCAGAUACCGGGAGGGAAGGGAGGUCUGUGAGUCGGAGCUGUGCGUUCUGCGGCGCGUUCGUCAUACAAACAUAAUCCAGUUGAUGGAGGUGUUUGAGACGGCAGAGCGCGUGUACAUGGUCAUGGAACUGGCCACUGGAGGAGAGCUGUUUGACCGGAUUAUUGCCAGAGGAUCUUUCACUGAGCGGGACGCUACCAGAGUCCUACAGAUGGUCUUGGACGGCGUCAAAUACCUGCACACUUUGGGAAUUACUCACAGAGACCUGAAACCAGAGAACCUCCUCUACUACCACCCAGGGGCGGACUCCAAAAUCAUCAUCACUGACUUUGGUUUGGCCAACAGCCGCAAGAAAGGAGACGAGUGUCUGAUGAAGACAACGUGUGGUACACCAGAGUACAUCGCCCCGGAGAUCCUGGUGAGGAAGCCCUACACCAAUGCUGUGGACAUGUGGGCGCUUGGGGUCAUCUCCUACAUCCUGCUGAGUGGAACCAUGCCCUUUGAGGAUGACAACCGCAUGAGGCUCUACAGACAGAUUCUCAAGGGGAAAUACAGCUUCACAGGAGAGCCCUGGCCCAGUGUAUCAAACCUGGCCAAAGACUUUGUGGAGCGGAUCUUGACAGUGGACCCCUCCCAGCGCCUCACAGCGGGACAGGCCCUGAAGCACCCGUGGAUCGUGAGCAUGGCAGCCUCCUCUUCCAUGAAGAACCUGCAGCGCUGUAUCUCCCAGAACCUGCUGAAGAGAGCCUCCUCUCGCUGCCACAGCACCAAGUCCUCCCACUCCACACGCUCUAGCCGCUCCACAAAGUCCAACAAAGCCCGCCGCAUGAGGGAGAAGGAGCUCCGCGAGCUCAACCGACGCUACCAACAGCAGUACAACGGCUAGUACUGCAAAUACUCCUGUACAUGUGACCACUGAAUCAACUUUGUACAGUACAAACUGUGACUGUAAAUGUAUAAAGACUCAUCUCAUCCUCUGGUCCCUGUUCCUUUAAAGGGACUGUCACUCUUAGUCCUCUCUUUCCUGUUUGUACAUAUUUAUUUAUUAUUGCUUAUAGUCUUCAUUCAAACGGUCACUGGAUAAUGACCUUCACAAGGAUCUGUUGAACAGAGUUCUGUUAGUGACAUUUCCACAGUUAAGGGAAUACGCCCUUGCUUCUCUACCAUUCCUAAGGAAAGUGCUGUGAAUUGUUUAUGAUCUUUAAAUGUAGUCAGAUUGCAACCUGCCCUGAAAAUGAAAAUAUAUGUCCUAACUAACUGUAACUAAUAUAGCAUUCAGCAUAUCUGGUAUCUGGAGCUGUAUUUCUUUUUAAUGAUAGACUACACGUUUGCUUAUGAAGUGGUCCAUGGCAUAGUUGUCAGUAUUUUGUAAUAUGGCUGUGUGUACUGUAAGAGUAGCAUAACCUUUUAUUACAUUGAAAGUUAUUUUAGUUUUGUGAUUCUUCACAUUGGUGGAUUGAGGAUAGUCAUACUAGGCUGCAGGGUUAAUAGAAUGUGUCCAGGGGUAAUACCAGAAGCAGAAGUGCCAUGAACUUCAUAAUAUAAUAUCUAAUAAUAAUCAGUGCUUAAUAGUGAACUGUCUAAGGGAACCAAAGAAAGAAAGUAAAGCAAAAAUGCAGUAAAAGUAGCACUUAAAAAGUUAAUUAAGCUUUAAAUGAAAGAGGAAAAAAGUGUGUUCAUUAUUGACAUAUUGUCUCUUACAAUUACAUACACAAAGGACAAGCAAACAGUCAGUCUUAUAGGCAGCAGCUAUAGGCCUGACACAGGAACCCAGUUAGACAAUGGCCAGUUUGUCUGGCCACCUAAAGCCCCUAAAAGAAAUAAAGAAACAAUACAUGUUGUCCGCAUGAUUACGGAUUUGUAUUCAAACAUUAUUGCAAUUUCUGUUCUACUUCUACUUGUCCUAUCUACUGUAGAUCUAGGGCUGCACCACAUGACUGAAAACACAUAAUACAGAUGUUUUUCAUCUGAGAAAGCACUUCAUUAUAUUGAACGUUUUGAUACCAUUUGUGUAUUUUUCUUUGUUAUUCUGUGUAUGUCCUUUUGGAUGUCUUCCAGUUUAUUACUUGUUCUUUCUCAGACUAAAUGUGUUACUGAAACCAACCGAGCCAUGACAGCUGACCUCUCAACACAUUGUACUUGUAUCAGUAGAACUGUACUGCUUCUAGACGGGUGGUGUUUCACUUUUCUCCGAAUUGAAUUUACCAAAAACAUGUCAGUCUUUGUAAUGUAAUCGCUAUAAUUUCCUAAUUAAAUCUAUUUAAAAUAUGUUUUACUAAAAUGCAAUGAAAAGCAAAUGUUUUUUCCCACACUGUAACUGUAAGGCCAUGCUUAACUGUUCUAAAAAACUGAUUUAAUCAUAUACCCUGCCAAGUAAAUUUUACAAGCAACAUCAAAUCAGCUGUGGAGCACAAUUUUUUUUUUUUUUUGGUUUAUGUAAACUAUUUUGUUUUUGUAUGUUAUUUUUAUAUGAAUGAAGUCAUUUGAAAUGAAGUAGCAAAAUUG